AAUAUGACAAUCUGGCACUCUUGGUCUUGCUACACGUUUGGUACAGGAAAAGGACUGAAGGAGGGGUAGAGAACCAACUCCCUCCCUCAUGCAUUACUUCUCUAGCUCGUGCUGUGGAAGGUCACACCCCCUGCGGUUCUGACUGCUAACCCCAGUCAUUGGGUGAGUGGUGCGUGAGGCAGCACAGUUGGCUGCCCCCAGGCACUGAUCUCUGGUGCAGGGUAUUCCUGCAUCAAGGCUCAGUCCCUGCCCCGCAACCCCCGCCGAGCAAAAAAAAAGCCGGCGUGAUGGUGGCUCCGCGAAACGUGGAUAAACCCGUCAGCACAUUAGUGCGUGUGCGUGGUGACGGCCGGGCAGCCAAGGCUCUGUGCUGGGACCUGUCACGCUGCUCCUCCAUGGUGGCAGCUGUGGCCCCCCUCCAGCUGCCACCACAACGGCCGCCGCCGCCACGGUCAAAGCUUCCUCCCUCAGCUGGGGCGGGUCUGGUCUCGACUGCUCCAACCGCUGCUGGCCCAAAGCAGGCCCCUUCAUUGCCAGGGAGCCGCCAGCAGCUGCCCCGGCCAGUGGCCCUGCCGGGGCCAGCAGACGUUCCUAGUGAGGGCAAGCGUCUGCUGGAGGAAGAGGAGGAGGGGGGGAGGCAGAAAGACGGCCACAAACCAAAGGUUGCCAGGACAGCGAAAGACACAGGAAUGGUGCAGCAGCGCAGCAGUGGCCCUGCACCGCCCCAGCCGGCCCCAGAGGAGGAGGUGCAGCGGCUGCGGCUGCAGUGCAGAAGACUGCAGCAGCAGAAUGAUGACCUGCAGCGGCGGCUGGGGGAGGUGUUCAGCCUGCUGAAGGACAAGCAACGCCGCACCCGCCUGAUGAGCCAGCUGGAUGUGCUGGUGAAGUAGGUCGCCGCCAACACAGUGCAGGGCCUCCGCACCCUCGGGGAGCCCCACUGGUCUUGGUAUCCACUUCUGGCUAGCUGUCCCUGCUGCUGCAGAAGCUGUCCGGUGACAAGACAGUCCUGCGCCUCUACUGGGCCCCUUGGCAGGGGGUCGGCGGCGUCUGGCCCUCCGAGACAACAGCCUGGGCGGUGGAGGAUGGAGGUAAUGGUGGUGGGUAGCAUGGUAACUUACAGCAAGGUGGUCAGACUCUUCCUCUACCUUGGCAGAAUCACUGCUCACUGCCAGAACGUCACGGCAUCAGAAAGCAGUGUUCAUAAUAGUCAGGAUAUCUCUCAGCAGAAUUUAAACCUUUUUUUCAGCUAUUACUUUUUUCAUGUUUUUUUCUGGAGCUGCCUCCCUUACUGAAGAGAGGCCUGUCAGAUGUCACUCAGCUCAUCUUUUUAUGUUGUCUGCAGGACUGAUUCACUUAUAUCAGAGCUCUAUUCUUGCUUUAAGCUCCCAUGCUACCUGCUGUGGUAACUGACCAUAAUUCUAAACUUUUGAUUGAAAUACUAUGAAAAUUAUUCUGACAACUGGAAGCUACCAGAUUGACAUACUGUACAUUGUAAAAUGUUCCUGACAGCUCUGGAAGCUACCAGAUUGACAUACUGUACAUUGUAAAAUGUUCCUGACAGCUCUGGAUGGUCACGUAUUAACCGCUUGGGGUGUUUUAUCGGUGAGGGGGGAGUGACGGUUGUGGUGGUGUCCUCGGCACUGGGUAAUCCAUCACACCUGUGUCUGGAGGGGACAGAGGCCAGGGGCAGGUGGCUCAGGACUCCAGUGGCCGGGGCUCACCCUGUCCAUGGGGGUGUGUGCCGGCCUCAUUCCUUGGGAGGGCACUCUGGGCAGAACAUGAAAUAAAUGAAAGGAACCACUUUGUGCCACAGGCCUCCCCCCUGUUCCUUAUCCCCUGCCUGGCACAUGAGGCAGCACCUGGCCUGGAAGUGGUGAUGGGCGCACACCACGCCCGUCACUCCUCCACCACUCACCACUUGGGAAACACCCCAAGCGGUUACUAGAGCUUGAGAGAGUCUUGUAUUACCUCAGAAAACUGAUGCUUGUCCGGUGUUCCCUCAGGAGUAACGCAGGACGACCGGCAAGGCCCGGCUGGGGCUGUGUGCACUGCUGACUGUAGUCCAUCCACUCCAGCUGGACCCCUCCCAACAGUGGCUGGACUCCUAGCCAGGUGGGCAAGUGAGGACGCUGUUGGCGGGCGGAGCGUCUUGGCGUCUCCGUCGCACAACAGAUGUCUGGGUUCUGAAAGUGUUUGUUUCUUUACUUAGCUCAUCUCUUACCCAAGAUGGGGAAAUUUUGUUGACAUUGGAUAAAGCAGUGACUGUAUAACUGUACAACUGUACAGUUCUUACUUCAUCUAACGAUGUUAAUGAAAUUUGCAUGUUGCAUGUAACAGAUGAGCUAAGUAAAUAAAUAUGAAUAUUUCCUGGACCCAGGCUAUUGUGUUGGGCGCCGGAGACGCCAGACUCCCCGCCCGCCAACAGCCACUCAGCAGCGUCCUUACUUCCUGGGCUGAGGGUCCAGCCAGUGCUGGGAGGGAUCCUGCUGGAGUAGAUGGACUCUAGCCCUGCUGUGUUGUGUUGGGUUACUCUGCCUGAGGAGAGGGGCACCGGGGAGCCCCUUCCCCCUGCUGCAUGCACUGCUGACGCACCGCCACUGCUUCACUCCACAUGUGCAGGUGUGGGGCCCAGCCACGAGGGGCACCUCCCUCCUGGCCCUGGGCCCCACACCUGAACCAGAGGCAGGCAGGUCCACCCAUACCUCUACACACUCAAGAGGACUUUAUUUCGCAUGAAGUGGAUAUGAAGACCGAUUCUUCGAUGUGGAAAGAUAACGGCUUUCAACCCUGACAAGGAACUACUUAAAUGGAGGCUGCAGGCCUCCCAUGGCAAGCAGCCUCUUAUAGGCUAACACACUCUUCCUCGGGCGAGCCUCUCUUGGGGCCUUCGCCCACCUCCCUUCGGCCAUGAGCCACUUUUUUGGGAUUAUUACCCAAAACCCUUCGGCCAUGAGCCACUUUUUUGGGAUUAUUACCCAAAAUCCUUUGGCAAAGAGCCACUUUUUUGGGAUUAUUACCCAAAACCCUUCGGCCAAGAGCCACUUUUUUGGGAUUAUUACCCAAAACCCUUCGGCCAUGAGCCACUUUUUUGGGAUUAUUACCCAAAACCCUUCGGCCAAGAGCCACUUUUUUGGGAUUA